AUGGCUUCAUUUCCUGUCCUGGAGCAAGAGACGUUGUUCCGGAACAGCACCUGGACCUACCGAAUCCCAGCGCUGCUGUACCUGCCGCGCUUCAGCAUCAUCCUGGCGUUUGCCGAGGAGCGCGAGGACGCGGUGGACGAGCACGCCAAGCUCAUAGCGAUGCGCAGAGGCUCGUACAACCCGACCACGCAGCGCGUUCAGUGGAGCAGCAUGGAGACCCUCGUCAGUGCGCAGCUGAAAGACCACCGAUCCAUGAACCCCUGUCCCGUUUACGACGAGGUGUCGGGGAAGCUGAUCCUGUUCUUCAUCGCCAUCCCAGGGAAGGUAUCUGAACAUUACCAGCUCAGGACAAAGACCAACCUGGUACGACUGUGCCACGUCACGAGCACGGACCAGGGACGCACCUGGAGCAGGGCCCAGGACAUCACCCAAGACACCAUUAGCACCGAGUACCAGAACUGGGCCACUUUUGCAAUCGGGCCGGGCCACGGAUUACAACUACACUACGAGGCCCGGAGCCUUCUGAUUCCUGCCUAUGCCUAUCGUAUCUUGGACCCUAACAAGCGCCCCAUCCCUCACGCCUUCUGCUUUAUCAGCUCCGACCACGGGGCGACGUGGGAGGUGGGGCGCUUUGUGGAGAAGGAGAGCGCGGUGGAGUGCCAGGUCGCGGAGGUGCAGGUCUGCGGCAGGGAGGUUCUGUACUGCAACGCCAGGAGCAGCGGGGGAGCCAGGAUCCAGGCUGUCAGCUACAACCGCGGGGUGGACUUUGAGGGAGGCCAGCGGGUUGAAGCCUUGGUAGAACCCCCCUCUGGAUGUCAUGGGAGUGUCGUUGCCUUCCCACCUCCCCCCGAUGCCAGAUGCCAAAAUAGUUGGUUGCUCUAUACUCAUCCUACACACCGAAGGGUUCGAAGGGAUUUAGGAAUUUACCUCAACACAAGCCCUUUAAAUCCUGCGCUCUGGACAAAACCAAGCAUCCUCUUCAAGGGCUUCUGUGCCUAUUCAGAUCUGCAGUACAUGGGGGUCGGGCCAGACGGUUCAGCCUUGUUCUCCUGCCUCUUUGAAUACGGGACCCACCGCCAGUGUGAGGAGAUCAUCUUUGUAAUGUUCACGUUGAAGCAAGCCUUUCCAUCCGAGCACUGA